AUGGCAACAAUAAAGGAAUCCAAGGAGGGUGAUGUUGAAUCAGACAUUUCCAAAAUUCUAGACCCAGACAAAUUGUUCAUCGCCAAUCAGACCUUUGAAGACGAAUCUUUUGCCGCGAAUCAGACAGUCAAAGAGGAAUAUUCUGUAGGAAAUCAGACAAUCAAAGAGGAAAUCAAAGAUGAAUCUUUCAUUGCCAAUGGCAAUGGAGAAUCUCUCAUUGCCAAUAUUGGAAUGGUUGCAGAAAAUUCUUUCAUGGCCAAUCAGACCACUGAGACUGUUGAAGAAAAGUCUUUUGUUGGCAAUUAG